GAAAUUUUUUCUGCUCUGCUGAAGGGCACCACACCCCAAAAACGAGAAAAGGAAGCUGAAGAGCCGCUUGCUUACUAGAAGAAAGUUCUCCGCCAUAAACAGAGUCUCUGUUCUUCCCUCUUUCGAAGAAACACAACGAUGGCGUAUGGAGAAGACGGAUUACUAUUCCGGCGGGCAACUACUCACUAUUUGCCGGAUCAUGUCAUAUUGCUGGUCGGAGAAGGCGACUUCUCCUUCUCUCUGUCUCUGGCUCGCUCCUUCGGCUCUGCCUCCAACAUCGUCGCUACUUCUCUCGACACCCGCGACGACUUGAUGAAGAAAUACAAGAAGGCAGGAUUUAACCUAGCUUUACUGAGAGAGUUGGGAGCUCAUGUGUUCCAUGGAGUGGAUGCAACCAAGAUGAUGGAUCACCCACAUUUGAAAAUUCUCAGAUUCGACCGCAUCAUCUUCAACUUCCCACACGCAGGAUUCCACGGCAAGGAAGACAGUCCCAAACUCAUCAGUAAGCACGCGGAGCUCGUUCAUGGUUUCUUCAGGAACGCAUCAGCAAUGCUACGGCGACCAUGGGGAGAAGUACACGUCUCCCACAAGACCACGAAGCCAUACUGCGACUGGAACAUUGUGGAGCUUGCUUUCCAUAGCUUCUUGACCUUCGUUUGUGCAGUCGAUUUCAGGCCGGAAGAUUAUCCUAAUUACUCCAACAAGAGAGGAGACGGGAAGAAGGCCGACGAGUCUUUCCACCUCGGCGAAUGCAGCACCUUCGUGUUCUGUUCGUCCAUGGCAGCAGCUAUUCACAGGCCGCCGUUAAAUUGUGUGAUAUGGGGAAGAAGCUUGAGUGUUGAUGAUCGACAGCAGAGGUUGAUGUCGCUGUGGAGACUGAUGGUGGAUCUUUUGGGCCAGCAUCCAGGAGUUGCUGAGAUGAGACUGCGGAUGAGCUGA